AUGCCUACAAGGCCUCCGAAUCCGAAUCCAUCACUGAACGCUAGCAAGUGUUCACGUCUAUUUCAAGAAUGGGUAUCUCCAUUUGUUUCAAAAUGUCGUAAACAAGGUACACUUGAUGUUAAUGAUCUCUAUGAACCUCUUCCUGAUUGUGAAUCAGCAACACUAACAAAUAAACUUGAAGCAAAUUGGUUUGCUGAAACUAAACGAAAUCCUGACAAACCAAGUCUCAUACGAGCUACAUUAUGCACUAUGAGAUGGAAACCAUUACUCUUUGGUCUUAUUCUUAUUCCUGCUGAACUUCUCAAUAUUAUUCGACCACUCUUACUUACAUUUUUGAUGAGAUUCUUUACACCAUGUUCUACGAUGCCAGCUUGGCAUGCCUGGCUUCUAGCCAUGAGUAUAAUUUUUGUCACACUUUGCUCUAGUGCUAUUAUCAAUUAUCAAAUUUACUUAAUCGAUAUUUUGGCUAUGCAAAUGCGUGUUGCUUACAGUGAUCAACGUGUAAAGAUUAUGUCUGAAAUAAUUAAAUCAAUGCGUAUUGUUAAAAUGUACUGUUGGGAAAUGGCAUUCGAUAAAAAAAUUCGUCAUGUGAGAAGACGUGAAAUUAUUCAAUAUAUGUGGAGUUUGAUAUUUGACUGUAUUCAAAUGCUCUUUUCACAUACAUACAUGAAUGUAACAUUUUUAAUGAUGUAUGGAACAAUGUGGUGGUUCAAUAUUCGAUUUGAUAUAAGUUUUUUUGCUGUUGCAUCUUGUUUGCUUGGUCAUAUGAGAUUGACUGUUGUUGAGUUUUUUAAUAAUGCUGUGAGAGAUCUUGUUCAUUAUCUAGCUGCUCAGAAACGAAUACAGACAUUUCUUUUACUUGAUGAAUCUGAACGAGACAAUCGAUUAUUGUCUCAAUCACAUUCAGAGCUUGCAUGCAUCGAAAAAAAUGAUUUAACAAUAGUGAAAAGUGUUCCAACACAAUCACCAAAAGUUGUAUGCAAUGUGAAACAAGCACAAUGGGACAAGGAUGGAUCAUUUUGUCUUAAAAAUAUUGUAUUCGAUGCUCAUCCAGGUGAUUUGAUCUGUAUCAUUGGACCUAGUUCUCUUUUACAAACACUCACUGGUGAAAUUACAAUUUUCGAUGGAAAAAUUCGAAUGCAUGGUUCAUUCUGUUAUGUACCACAAGAAUCAUGGAUAUUUUCUUCAACUAUUAAAACAAAUAUUCUCUUUGGUAAAGCAUAUGAUCGAAACCUAUUUCGAGAUGUUGUGAAAGCAACUGCACUUGAUACAGAUUUUGUUCAAUUACCUAAUGAAGAAAAUACUCUUGUUGGUGAUCAAGGUGUUAUGCUUUCAGGAGGUCAAAAAGCACGUGUUAAUAUGGCUCGAGCACUCUAUCGCAAUGCAGAUAUCUAUCUUUUAGAUGAUCCUCUAUCUGCUGUUGAUGUCAAAGUAGCUAAACAUCUCUUUCAAAAAUCUAUUAAAAGCUAUCUUGCUGACAAGAUUUGCAUAUUGGUGACACAUCAAAUUCAAUUCUUACAAGAUGCCACUAAAAUUAUUGUACUUAACAAUGGUGAAAUGGUACAUAUGGGUAAAUACACUGAUCUGCUUGCAUCAUCAACAUCGUUUGCUCGUUUACUUGAUGAUAUUCAUCAAUUUGAACAACAACAAUCUAUCGAACUUCAUCAACAACAAUCGAUUAUUAGUUCAACAUGUUCAGACGAUGAUGAAAUUUUGAUACUUUCGAAAACUGCUGAAACAAAACAAAAAGGUAUAGUCAAACGACAUGUAUAUACAGCAUAUAUAAAAGCUGGUUUUGGUCUUAUUAUGGGUUUAUUCAUCGUGAUCAUUCUGUCAUCUAUGCGAGAAGCAACAUCAAUAUUUAGUAAUUGGUGGCUAGCAAAAUGGAGUGAUGAUGAAAGUUAUCGAUAUAGAAUUUUAGACAAUUGUACAAGUCUUCAAAAUAAUAAUAAAAAUAAUAAUAAUACGAUAUGGUCGAUGAGUAAUGCAGAAUGGAAUAAUCAUCGAAAUCAACAAUUCUACAUCUAUUGUGGCACAGUAGUCCUUGUUGGUAUGCUUAAUCCAUGGUCAUUCAUACCAGCAGUCAUAUCACUUAUUGGUUUACUAUAUGUACGUUACUGUUUUGCACCAUGUUUUCGUGAUUUGAGACGACUUGAAAGUAUUACACGUAGUCCUGUGUAUUCCUAUUUGACAUCGACUAUUCAUGGUCUUAAAGUUAUUCGAUCUUAUCAUGCAGAACACAUGUGUUCAACUGAAUUUUUCUCUCAUCUUGAUGACAAUACAAGAGCAAAUUAUCUCAUUUACAUUACAGGGCGUUGGGCUGCACUACGCUUUGAUUGGGUUGCACUUAUUUUCAUUGCUCUGGUUACCAUACUCUCAAUGACACUACGCGUCACUGGACAUAGAUAUUUUUCAACUGCCGAUAUUGCAAUGACACUUUCUUAUAGUCUCAGUCUUAUGGGACUUCUACAAUGGACAAUUAGAUUGUCAGUCGAUUUGGAAACAAGAAUGACAUCGGUAGAACGUGUACUCGAGUACUGUUCUCUGGAGCAAGAACCUCCAGCUCAAGUUCCACUGAAUCGUCGACCACCAUCAACUUGGCCAUCUCAUGGUCGAAUCGUAUUUGACAAUGUUUCCAUGUCUCAUUCGUCUGAUAAUCAGUCAUUACUUGCUCUACGUCACAUUUCUAUGACAAUUGAAGCUGGUGAAAAAGUAGGUAUUGUCGGAAGAACAGGUGCUGGAAAGAGUUCAUUAAUUCAAACAUUAUUUCGUAUGGGAACACUUGUUAAUGGACAAAUCAAAAUCGAUAAUAUUGAUAUUGCAUUGAUUGGCUUGGAUGAUGUUCGACGUCAUCUUUCAAUCAUUCCACAAGAUCCUGUUCUUUUUACAGGUACUAUGCGAAGUAAUCUCGAUCCAUUCAACGAAUAUUCUGAUGUUGAAAUUUGGCGUGCACUUGAACAGGCACAAUUGAAAACAUUAGUUGCUGAUGGAAUGUCGAAUGGAAUUCAUUCUAUAGUGAGUGAAGGUGGUUCAAAUUUGAGUGUUGGUCAAAAACAACUUGUAUGUUUAGCAAGAGCUAUUCUAAAAAUGAGUAAAAUUCUUGUGAUCGAUGAAGCUACUGCUAAUGUCGAUAAUGUCACUGAUGAAUUAAUUCAACGAGCCAUUCGUGAAAAGUUCAAAGAAUGUACAGUUCUCACUAUAGCUCAUCGUUUACGAACAGUGAUCGAUAGUGAUCGUAUUCUGGUACUUGGCAAUGGAGAAUUGCUUGAAUUUGAUUCACCCAAAAUUCUUCUCUCGAAUCCGAAUUCCCAUUUUGCUUCACUCGUCGAACAAGCAGGAGUAGCUGAGGCUGAACAUCUUCGAACAUUAGCAAAUAUGAAAUCAACGAAAGACAACCACAACCUCGAUCAAGAACUAUUACUAGAUAGCAAAGAAACUGAUCCUCUCUUGACAUAG